GCCCCGCAGGGCAGUUCCCUCUAAGAUGCCUGCUCUUGCGAGUGCUGAGUCGCUGAGCAGCUUGCUCUCCAUGUGACUUCAGUUUCCGUCCGUUCCUUCCGCAAGUGCUAAAAUAAUCUGAUGCCCCAGGGAGAGGAGGCAGCCCAGCCCCGCGUUCGGCUGCUCUCGAGGAGUCCGAAGCCCCGGGAGAGGAUGCGCCCCGCGGAGCCGCCUGGGCCUGCGGGAGCCUGCUACACUUGAGAUGGAGUUACUGCCCCUCUGGCUGUGCCUGGGUUUUCAAUUCUUGACAGUGGAAUGGAGGAAUCAAAGUGGAAUGGCCACGGCAGCUUCCCAAGGGGGCUGCGAGUUGGUUGAUGGAGUAGCCAAUUGCCGAGGGCAGAACCUUGCAUCAGUGCCCAGCGAUCUCCCUCCCUACUCCCAGAUGCUCAUCCUGGAUGCCAACCCGCUUAAGAUCCUGUGGAACCGUUCCCUCCAGCACUACCCUCUCCUGGAGAGCCUCAGUCUGCACAGGUGCCACCUGGAGCGCAUCGGCCGCGGCGCCUUCCAAGGGCAGGCCCGUCUUCGCAGCCUGGAGCUGCCCGACAACUCCCUCUCAGAGAACUACAAGGAGACAGCGGCUGCCUUCCACCACCUGCAGGCUCUGCAGAAGCUGGACUUGUCAGGGAACUCCCUGACAGAAGACAUGGUGGCCCUCAUGCUCCAGAACCUCUCUUCGCUGGAGGCUGUGUCCCUGGCGAGGAACACCAUCAUGAGGCUCGACGACUCUGUCUUUGAGGGCCUGGGGCACCUCAGGGAGCUGGAUUUGCAGAGAAACUACAUCUUUGAGAUUGAGGGUGGCGCUUUCGAUGGCUUGACUGAGCUGAGACACCUCAACCUGGCCUAUAACAACCUCCCUUGCAUCGUGGACUUCAGCCUCACACAGCUACGGUUCCUCAACGUCAGCUACAACGUCCUGGAAUGGUUCCUGGCGUCAGGGGGAGAGGCCGCCUUUGAGCUGGAGACGCUGGACCUCUCCCACAAUCAGCUGCUCUUUUUCCCACUCUUGCCCCAGUGCAGCAAGUUGCACACGCUCCUGCUGCGGGACAACAACAUGGGCUUCUACGGGGACCUGUACAACACCUCUUCGCCGCGGGAGAUGGUGGCCCAGUUCCUCCUUGUGGAUGGCAAUGUGACCAACAUCACCACUGUCAACCUCUGGGAAGAGUUUGCGUCCAGUGACCUUGCGGACCUACACUUCCUGGAUAUGAGCCAGAACCAGUUCCAAUACCUGCCUGAUGGCUUCCUAAAGAAAAUGCCUUCCCUCUCCCACCUGAACCUCAACCAGAAUUGCCUGAUGACGCUCCACAUCCGAGAGCACGAGCCCCCAGGGGCGCUCACUGAGCUGGACCUGAGCCAGAACCAGCUGUCAGAGCUGCACUUGGCCCCGGGGCUCCCCGGCUGCCUGAGGAGCCUCCGGUCAUUCAACUUGAGCUCCAAUCAGCUCAUGGGUAUCCCCACUGGCCUUUUUGCUGAUGCCAGUAACCUCACUACAAUUGACAUGAGCCACAAUCAGAUCUCACUUUGUCCCCAGCCGGCUGGCUUGGACCUCCCGGCCCCCCCAAGCUGUGUGGAUUUUAGGAACGUGGCGUCUUUGAGGAGCCUCUCUCUCAAGGGCUGCGGGCUGGGGGCAUUACAAGACUGCUCAUUCCAGGGGACUGCCCUCACCCACUUAGACCUGUCUGGCAACUGGGGGGUUCUGAAUGGGACCGUCGCCCCUCUCCGGGGUAUCGCCCCCACGUUACAGGUCCUGUCUCUGAGGAAUGUGGGCCUCAGUUCUAGCUUCAGGGAGUUGGACUUCUCUGGGUUUGGGAAUCUGAGAGACUUGGAUCUGUCAGGGAAUUCUUUGACCAGUUUCCCACGGUUCAGGGGCAGCCUGGCCCUGCAGACCCUGGAUCUCCGCCGAAACUCGCUCACAGCCCUUCCCCAGGGGGCCGUGUCUGAGCAGCUCACGAGAAGUCUGCGGACCAUCUACCUCAGUCAGAAUCCGUAUGACUGCUGUGGGGUGGAGGGCUGGGGGUCCCUGCAGCGCCUGCACGCCAUUGCCGAUUCGGCCAUGGUCACUUGCAACCUCUCCUCCAAGGUCAUUCGCCUGAUUGAGCUGCCCGGAGGCGUGCCUCAGGACUGCAAAUGGGAGCGGGUGGACAUGGGCCUGCUGUACCUCGUGCUCAUUCUUCCCAGCUGCCUCACCCUGCUGGUGGCCUGCACCGUCAUCUUCCUCACUUUCAAGAAGCCCCUGCUUCAGGUCAUCAAGAGCCGCUGCCACUGGUCUUCCAUAUACUGACCUGGCCACGUGCCAAGAUUAGAAAUGGGGUCUGUGCGUGGAAGAACCCUUUCUCUGCCAGAUUUCCGGAUCUGACGCAGAGAACAAAUCCAGUGAAUUGAGGUUUAAGUGAAAGUUUAAAAUGUUUCCAGCCCUUAGUUGCCCCACGUUCUUCUUCCAUCGUUGUGAAUCAUCCUCAUCAUCCUAGUAAAAUAUUUAUUAAGUGAUGUUCUGUGAAAAUAAAACACGUGUCUCAUAAAUAUUUUUCAAAUCAAA